AUGGCUCCAAACCGUAUCGUUCCAAUUAUGAGUGAAAGUACUUUCAAUUUGCCUCGCCUUGAAGAUUAUGAUAUAAGUCCAUUGAGUGGGUUUCUUCCCUCUACUCCACCAUUACAACGUCUAACUAAUCCUUACUAUGAGCCAUGGGAAACCUUGAUUGAUAUAUUUCAUGAAUUGAUGUUGAUCGGUCGUUUAAGGGAAUAUGUUAAAAAGUUGCCGAUUUUGAAAACUGAUCGCCUAGAAACUAAAGGAGAAUAUCGUCGUGCUUUCUUAGUUUUGUCCUUUUUAGCACAUGGAUAUGUGUGGGGAAAGUACGAACCAAUUUCAGAUAGGUUACCGGCUAAUAUUGCAAUUCCUUGGGUGAAAGUAUCAGAUUAUCUUGAUGUCGCGCCAAUAUGUAAUCAUGCUGCAGUCGUGACAUGGAAUUGGCGCUUACUAUUUUCAAAUGAACCGUUUGAUUUAAACAAUCUUGCUACAUUAAUUACGUUUUCAAACACGUUGGAUGAAUCUUGGUUUUACCUAGUUACAACCGCCAUUGAAGGAUUCAGUGGGCGCGCUCUUACGGGUAUUAUGACUGCGAUUCAAGCUGUUUAUGAUGGUAAUGACGAACAAUUGAUUAACGCGUUGAAAGUUAUCAGUUCCACUAUUUUUGAUAUUAACGCAACCCUACAAAGGAUGUUCGAAAAAUGUGAUCCGUAUGUCUUUUACUGGAAGGUACGACCAUACCUCUCUGGUUGGAAGAAUGAAGAUCUUUUGCCGCAAGGGUUAAUUUAUGAGGGAGUAGAUGAAGAUGACGAGAAUGGGAAUCCGACUUAUCGGCAAUAUAUAGGAGGUAGUGCAGGUCAAAGUGCUUUAAUCCAAGCUCUUGAUAUUGCGCUUAAUAUAGAACACUAUCCAACGGGUGUUAGACCGAACGCAAAUGGACACACAUCUUCAGAGAAUGGCCAUUUUUAUAAGAAUUCUUGUCACCAUUAUUCCUCAUGUCUUAAUGGAUACUCUCAAAAACACGAGAUUCAUCAUUAUGCAACUAAUGGACAUACUAAACCUCAACAACCUUACCUUCACAGUAUUCGCCAGAAUAUCCCAGGAAAUCAUCGUAAAUUUCUUGAAGACCUUGCUAAGAUAGCAAAUAUUCGAAAUUAUAUAAUAUCCAAUGCUAAUUACGAUUCAAGUACUAAUACAUCAUUAUCAGACGAAGAUGAAGACGCGAAAUUAUUACGCGAAACUAAGGAAGCUAGUGAUUUAGUUAAGGCGUAUAAUGAAUGCUUGAUUCAAAUGAAAAAUUUUAGAAAUAAGCAUUUACAAAUUGUGAGCGUCUAUAUUGUAAUUCAAUCACAUAAAAGAGUUGGCGGUUUGCAUUUCAACGCAAAGGAAGGCACUCCUACUGUAAAUAAAGACUUGAUUGAUAAUAGUGAAGCAAUAACUGUUGCAAUAAGCAAGAAGGCAAUCACCAACGCUACAACCAAGAAUGGUGAUAAGGUAAUUAGAAAAGCAACAAGUACCGAAUCUAUCGAGAUCAUUAAGGGUACUGGGGGAACUAAUUUAAUGCCAUUUUUGAAACAAAUGAGAGAUGAAACGGUUGCCCAAGAAAUUACAGAAAAUGCCGAAUAG